AUGUCAUCUAGUUUCAUAAUCCUGUUUGUUGUACUUACAUGCUUCACAGAAUGGUCACUUGAGACAGUGGUAAAUACUACCGAGUCUCACAUCAAUUCGACUGAAUCACAAUCCACUCUGUUGCAGGCAACCCUGCAAUCAUCAGACUGUUUACGGUUGUUUGCUCCACUCUUAGGACGAUAUUAUUGGGUUGAUUUUUGCGACAGUAAUAGUUAUAUUGACCCAUAUUUUAUGUAUUAUACAAAUGUGAUUUGUUCACAUCGAAGUUUUCUGACAACGAGAUACUGGAUCGUGUAUUCGCGACACGGAUUCCACGGUCAACAUAUUAUAAUUCCACCUGGUAUAUGUGUUCGUGAUUUAAGGGAAAAAGGAUUGUGGUCAGUGGGCUCCGCACUUAAAUGCAUAAAACUAAACCAGGAAAAUCAUAAUUUUUACUGUCACAGGCCGCGAAUAACAUGGUUGCCGAAUAAUCAAUUUCCACAAGGCAUACCUCCAUUCGGACCACAACCGAUUCAAGAUCCAUUUGGAGGUUUCCAGCCGAUUAAUUAUCGUGGUGAACCGAAUGAAAAUACGACAACCGAAGUGCAUUUAGCUUAGAAUCUUUGUUAUAAAAACCUUUCAGCGUUAUACAAUUUUUUGAUAAACACUACAAUAUGAAAUAAUCAAAAUAUAUUUUGCAAUUGUACUGACCAAGAUGGUGAUAUUUGUGGAAAAUAUAUAUUUACCUGGUUCAAUUUUAUUUAAACAACACACACGAAAUGUUUUCUUCUACUUAGACUUUGAAAAUCAGUCCACAUGGAUAACAAAAUGAUCGGAUCAAGAAUAAAUGAUUAAUCUGCGGUUAAUGGAAUAUUUUCAAUUGCACAGUCAACAUCACGGAAUGAUCAUAAUCAGACAAUAACCGGAAGCCAACAACACUAGAUAGGCACUUCGUUCUAUCAUGGUACCACUCAGCAGUGUGCAUCCAACACUCCUCCACCAAUGAUCAAACCCGAGACCUUCAGUUCCUGGUGUAAACACCUGAUCUCUAGACUACUGGGUGAAGCUGAACAUCCUGGGUUUGAAACGUGGUAUCCGCGUGAUGGGUUCUCACUUCUGAGUGGCAUCUUAUGUGGAGGGAACAUCCGUCCAGCACUUCCGUUUUUUAAGUGGUUAGAUAAUCACGAUUAUUCCCUAAUGUUGACUAUGAAAUAUUUCCGUUUUUAUCAACCGUGCAUGUUUUACCUACCCAACUUAUUUUAAAUCUUGAAAUGAUAUUCAUAGAGAAUAUGAGCCUUUUCCUCUCGAUGCAAAAUAUAAAAUUUCAGCACAAAGAAUAUAGGGUUAUAUAUUUGAAUAAAGAUUUAGUGAAUAUAGUUUAUGGGUCAUCAGUGUGUUGUGUUUCCAUGAAACAUUUCCAAGCAUAACGAUUACAUCAAAAGAUUUUAUUUAUAGUGUGUGCUUUGUGGAUUACCGAAGGAAUAUCAAUCAUACUGUAAUAAUAUAACAACCUAAUCAGACUCAUUUAUGUAGGACAUCUCAAUAAAUGUAGUUGGAUUAUUGAAUGGUUUUCACCGUAUCAAUAGGCUUUCACUCAACCCUGCAUAACAAAAAAUGUGAAUUUUAGAUGAUAAUGACAAAUGAUUAGUUUCAUCGAAGUGAGAUUCUAAAGUGAGUUAUAG